GUUCCAACUUAAACGUCACGAAAACGACAAUUUCGCAACCUCAAACUACGUGUAUGUUACAUACUUACAUGUAGAUAUAUCAUUCAUUGGGCUUCAAAAUCAAACCAUUCCUGUUCUAUCAUUCUAUCAUCGAGUCAGUUUAAGUCGCGUCACGUCUAUCGGGCCAAUUCUAGAUUUAAAUGGAAUAAAUUGCCUUAAAGAGAGAGGUACCAACCAUACCUAAACCAUUCCCACUCUUUAAGUGCUGUACCUCCACGCACAUUUCCCACAUUCAACACCAUAUUCGCCGCUUUCGCCUAUCGACUAUCCUAUGUCUCAGAUUCUCUCUGAAUGCUAAUUGCUUACUACUAUUUCAACGCGACUAACUACACUAUACCCUAUAUUCAAGUCUAAUGCCUCUUGACUUCCCGUGAUUCCGCGAGAUAUCGGGGGAUCUGACGACGUAACGCGUACGCUUCGCUAAGCAACAUCAGCGCUCACAAAGGAAAAAAUCCUACAUUUGCUAGACGCGGAAUCCUACGGCUUUAACUAGCAUCUCGUCUUUGAGACUGCCUAUACUUCUAAGACAUACCUCGAAAAUCGCGAUUCACAUGACAAAAAUACGCGAUUGAUCCUAAUCCAUCACCAAAUUAUAGACGAGUCCAAUUUGACGCGACGGCCUCGUAUUGGAGCUUCGGCAUUUCCCUUCUACCCCCUUCACCUAACCACUACCCACCUUGACCAUGUCACAGGUCACCAGCUCAAGCAUCUCGACGGGGCCAGGUCACCCCCCAGGUCAGCCUCCGCAAACGCAGAGCCAACCCAGUAGCCAGAGCCAACCGCCGUUCAACUUCCCUGGCAACAAUUCGCAAGACACUACUAUCUCUAAUACAACCGAUCGUAUCUUCACCCCACCCGAAAGCGACAGCGAAGGUAGCAAUGGGAUUCCAAAUGGUCGUGGAUCAAGUCAAGAGUCCCAAUCUCAGCUUCAGCUCCUACAGCUAUCCCAGCUUGCUGCAGCACAGCAGAAGAUAAAUGAAGUAGAUGGAGCAGCAUUGAAUGGCCAGUCUAAGAAAAGAAUGGCCGACGGCGUGGUCAAGCACACGAGAAACAGCUCAAGCGUGUCACCGGUCCGGAUUGGUCAUUCUAGAAAUACCAGCGCUGUGAGCGUAGCAUCUACCGCUGGUAGUCGCAUUGGAGAGCUGUCUGCUGAACUGAGAACAAAGCUGUCUUACGCGAUGGUCAAGGUUAACAAUGGCUGGCAAGGGCAUUCCAUUGACGAGGUCGAGUCGCUCGCGUCGCAAGCUGCUUCUCCCACUUCUAGUACUUCGACGUUACAUGGUAGACACGGCGCGUCUGCAAGCCCACGAAUGGCUAUUGGUCCCAUACGACAUAGGGCUUCAAGCAAUGCUACCAGCCCUAUAUUUCAUCAUCCUUCCCAGGGCCGCACCUACGAAUCCUUCUGGAGAGAAGGCAAUAUGAAGGGGGCCACUUCGACCUCACCCAUCUCCCAGGUGCCAACAUUGGCCCCUCCUGCCCCUAUACAACCGCGUCAACCGGGUCAGGUUCACCCACGGCGUAGUUCCAACGCAAGAUUUGCGCCGGCCUACCUAUCGCAUCAUGCUUCCCCCCACACGCCAGCUCAGCCGAGCCCACUACAAACCACACCAGGUCAGGGGUCUAUCAGAACGCCUAACGUAGACCCCAUACUCUUUUCUCCGCACCAGAACGUACGAGAACAGGAAGCGUUGGAGACACUGAUUUUUAUGAGCAGUCCAGGAAACUCGGCUAAUGUUAAGCAUGCAUUUCCUUCGUCUAUUCACUCGUCACAAUCGUCGCAACCAGUGCAGCCGUUGCAGCCACCCCAUGGUCGUGGUAGCGGACGAACAGCUCUUCCAACUUCAAGAUUAGGAUCGGCGGUCGAGGCUAGCAACCAAGGGCGGAAGAGCUUGCCGACGGCGCGACCUCAAUCGCACCAUGCGCCUCAAGUCAAACGUGUGGGGUUCGAGAAAUCUCCGGGGAAUUACGGUGGGAUGGAUAUUGACGACCCGCACGGAUCUCCGUAUAGCAGGGGUACGCCCCGUCGCCGAACGAACGGAUCGGCUCCGAGGCCAUCUCUCUCUAUUCCUGCAGGCCUUGGCGGAUCAGCUCGGCCAAGAACGGCGCUACGCGGCGACGACAUAGAACGGAUGCUCGAUCGUGUAGCGGCAGACGAUAGCUCGGAUUCGGAAGGGGAGAUCCACCUCCCCCCUAGCCGAAGAGCAAACGGCCCUCCUGUUGGAGUCUGAUGUAACGUUUUCUUUCUAGGCACCAUUACGGCCGUACGUGGUGACAAGAGUUUGACCUUUUUUCCGUCAGUUGUCUCGCGUAUAUAUCAUUUCCUAAGACCUACCGUCUUGGGACAGGUUUAAUUCUUGUUGUUGAAUUUCGCAUUCACGAUCAUGAUGCAUUAAGCUACCGGGGCUUUCAUGAGAUCACAUUGGGACUAAAGGAGCAAUCGGCUGCAUUUAUGGGGAGAUUCAUGGGCAUGAUGACGGGGGGAAGGGGCCUGUUGGAAUGUAUAUGUUCAAGCCGGGGGUGUUUUAUUUAAGCGUACCUCUCUCAAGAGGUUUGUCAUCGGAACAAUCGAAUGCAUAUGUCGAAACAUUUUUCAUAUUCACUGCCAUAUAAACCACAAUCUAGUCUAGCGAUCACAUGUUUUAGGGGUUGCAAUAUAGAAGUCGAGCUAUAUUCACUCUAAACAAA